AUGAAACGACUUUAUGUCUUUUUCACUUGCGCGAUAUUCGCCAUUGUAAGUUUCGUUUUGAGAACUUGAAAUGGUGAGUAACUAUUUGAGGAUGCUCACCGACCCGAAAGCUCUGAAGGUCCAGAAAAUGUGGGUUGAGAAAGUCGUCGAAAUCUGACCCCAAAAAAAGAGUAUAAUUGACUGUCAUUCUCAGAACGCUCUAGAGGUGCGUCUGGAAAUGCUGCAAAUCUACGAGAACCCGGAAACUGGAGCCAGAGUCUACUACACCGACGAAGAGUACGCCAAAUGUGAUACGGAGAAAUUUAUCUGCGCAUCAACUCUUGAAAAAUUCAGUUUUCCCGGGCUACGUCCGAAGGGCAACCGAUCCGAGAUGGGGCUUCAUUUCGCCGAGGGCAAAGGGUCUCGAUAAGAUUUGUCCGGCUCUCAUCAAGAUCUUCAGUGUCAUCGACAAAGGUGUGUAGAUUAUUCGAACGAAAACGCUCAAAAGAUUAUGCUUCAAAAAGCGUAAAAACAGGAGCCUCUCGUCUGGUGCCGGAAGCCGAAGUUCGCAGAUACCCUGGAGCCGUGGCCGCUGGCUUUGUCGCUCAUUGGCCUGGCUACUGUAAGUCUUCGGGAGGAUCGCUCGUCGAGCUGUACUCUCCAUUCAAACAAGGUUCACUAUUUUUCUUGAGCUAGAGUGCACUGGGAAUUUAUGGAAGCGGCGCUGUUGCGUACUCUUUAGAAAGUUCCAGAGUACGCCUACACGACCAAUGAAGAUUUGGCCAAGUAUCGCCUCGACUGGAUGAAUGAGCAGUACAGACCGACUAGAGUUCUCGGAUAUAUGUAUAGUGUUGCGCCAAGAAUCACCUUGUUAGUUCAUUUUGAAAUACACCAAAGGAUAGGUAACUUAAAAAUCUUGUCAAAGAGCCAGGAGUGCAGAUAAGCGACCCAUUAGUUAACUUUACGAACGAAUUUCCAAAUCUAUACGCUCAGCUCAUUUCCAGGCAAAAACCAUGGGGCGAGCCACAAGACAGCUACGUCUAUGUGAGUUGAAACUUAAAGUUCCCUCAAUAAAAAAGGAUUCUUUAAGAAUCUCAUAAAUUCAGGACACAAUCCCAGUGUAUUUGGACGCUAUCCGAAAAGUUUUCAAGGAUAAUGGCGUUGCUGGAUUUUCAACCGCACCUAGAGCUAUUCACGACCUGGGUAAGUGGUUCCGUCAAGGAUUAAUAAGAUAUCAUCGGCUGUGCAAAGCCGGUUACAUUGGCUACUUUUCGGUAUUCAGGCUUCAAAUUGGACGCAACCGUCAAUUUGAACUACUCCCUCAUUCAACCAGAGUCCGAUGUCAACACUAUUCAGCGUCACUGUGGAGAUCUCAUUCUCUUACAUGAGACUUAUGUUGAAACUACAGGUUUUCUCGUUAUCAAACCUGAAAAUAUACAAGUUUAAGGGGCCUAUCGCAUCCGGGACCUCAAAAACAAGCUUCUUCAGCCUGGAGAACAGGCAAAUUUCUUGAGCUCUUUACGCUUCUUUAUUUUCUUCUUAUGCUUUUGUACCGCUUGAGCGUCAGGUCGAUGAGACAUCCUGAUUGUGCUUAUCCGUGUACUGACUCUAGUGACAUAUCCGUACUUGUGUGAGACGACUUAGAAUCAUGAAUUCGUGGUUCUUUACUGCCAAAAUUUCUUGAACCCCUUAUUUAGAUCGCGGCGGGGAUCGAACGGUACCUUUCAAACAGUAGACAUGAUCACGACCUGUUGCGCUAAGACGCGCCGCUUAGUUCUUCAUUUUUCAAUAAAAUUAUUCAGAUUGUCCGGAAAAGCGGAUACGUUUUCUUGGAUCCCUUGAAGGCUUAUCGUUGCGCCGGUGUAAUAGCUCCGCUUUACGAGUACCAAGAGAAGGUUUUUCUCAGUUUGACUCAUUUUUUAAACCGAUUGUUUCAGGGAACCAGCAAAUUCUUCAUUGCCGUGGGUCUUAUCGGCGCUCGACAGUACUCGGGGAAUAUCAAUACUUACGAUUAUCAGGGCUUCAUUGGCUACGCCAGCUAUGGAACUUUCGUCUACGUGAAAAAGGCUGAAUGA